UCUCUCUCUCCUAUUCUCUCUGUCCCAUCGUUUCCUCUUUCCCUUCGCCCUCAGACGUCGUGGCAGCCCACCCAUCAUUCCAGUAGAGGAGAUACACUGGGAACACUGCAGCCAUGGGAGUGCGUGGUUUACAGUCAUUCUUGGAGUCCCAUUGCGGACAGGCAUGUUACUCUGUCAACAUAGGAAAGGUUGCAGAUGAGUACCAACGGCGAACAAGUAAAACCCCAUUGAUUGUAAUAGAUGGCAUGUCAUGUCUCCGGAAAUUGUAUGGGAAACUCAAUUGGAUUUGUGGUGGUCAGUGGAAGGGCUACAUAGAACACUUCCAAGAUUUUUACAAGAGUCUGAAGGCCCACAAUAUCAAAGUAAUAUUCUUCUUUGAUGGCAACACUCCAGAACGAAAGAGAGAAACAUGGACUCAUCGUCGCCGUGAGAACUUGAAGGACGUGACAACAUAUUUCAAUAUCAUUAGAACAAACAAGGAAUUGGAACAUGGAAAGCACUUCUUCUUGCCAACUGGCCUAGCAGCAUUUACGCCACUUAUUGUCAAGGACAUACUAGAGUGUGAAGUAUACACUUGCAUGGAAGAGUGCGACAAAGCAGUUGCUGAGUAUGCAAAGAAAUACGGUGCAAUGGGAAUUUUAGGCCAGGACUCUGAUUAUGUGAUUUAUAAUACAGCUCAUUAUUAUUUCUCAAUUAAUCAUCUUAACCUUGAAACGCUAGACACAAUUAUGUAUGAUCGGAAUGCACUUUCGAGGCACCUGCAUUUAUCUGUGGAUCAGCUGCCAGUUCUUUCUUGUCUAAUAGGUAAUGAUGUGAUUCACCAAGAGCAGUUGAUCCUCUUCCACCAGCAGUCCUUGAAGGUCACUGCACCCCACCACCAUCGCCAUACACAGCGUCCUCCACCAGAAAUCCUCAUUCCUAAGGUAGCCACAUUUAUGAACACUCAGCCUCCUAUGGAACAGCUGGUGCAUCAACUUCCUCUUCUGGCCAG